AUGGCACUCUUCCUCUUCCCACUGCGUUGUGGCAACACGAGAUUCGGCAUUUGAUAUCAAAUUUACGUCAGAUUUGGGCCCCAGCAAUGCAUCCCGACCUCACGGAGCGCAUUCUCCAGCACCUGGAGACCGCCGGCCAGGCGGACACCCUGGACCUGGCCGCCCUCUUCGCCGAGGAUCACCAGAAGAUAGUGGGCGCCCUGAAGAGCAUCCAGGCGCAUGGCGAUUUGGUCACCGCCACGGUGGCCACCCACAAGAGUCUAGGCCUCACGGACGAGGGUCGCGCCGUGGUGGAGCACGGGAGCCACGAGGCUCUGGUCUAUGCCGCCAUUCCGGCCGAGGGCAUCGCCCAGGCGUCCCUUAUGGCCACCGGUGGCCCCAAUGCCAAGGUGGGCUUCAGCAAGGCCAUGUCACACGGCUGGAUACUGGUGGAUAAGAGCGUCAGCCCACCGCUGGUUCGGCGCAAGGUGGACAGCAUUGUGGACGGUGUGCGUGACCAGCUGCUGCUGGUGGCCCAAGGCAAGGGUGACCAGUUGCCAGCCAAGGACUGUGCCGACUUCAAGAAGCGCAAGCUACUCCAGGAGACCGUCACCAAGAGCUUUGUGCUGGGCCGAGGAGCUGAGUUUGCCACCACGCUGACCAAACUGGAGACGGAUCUCACCAUGGACAUGCUGUCGAGCGGGCUCUGGGACACGCUCAAGUUCAAGGCGUACAACUUUGAUGCCCUAGGAGCACCACCCACGCGGGGUCAUCUUCAUCCUUUGCUAAAGGUUCGCACUGAGUUCCGGCAGAUAUUCCUCGAGAUGGGCUUCUCGGAGAUGCCCACCAAUAACUAUGUGGAGUCGUCAUUCUGGAACUUUGAUGCUCUCUACCAGCCGCAACAGCAUCCGGCUCGCGAUGCCCACGACACGUUCUUCGUGAAUCAUCCGUCGCGUAGCCACAAGUUCCCCCAGGAGUAUCUCGAGCGGGUGAAGGAGGUGCAUUCGCACGGUGGCUAUGGGUCCAAGGGCUACGGCUAUGACUGGAAGCUGGAGGAGGCGCAGAAGAAUCUGCUGCGCACCCACACCACGGCGGUGAGUGCCCGCAUGCUGUACAAGUUAGCCAACCAGGAGGGUGGCUUCAAGCCGGCCAAGUACUUUAGCAUCGACAAGGUGUUCCGCAACGAGACACUGGAUGCCACCCACCUGGCGGAGUUCCAUCAAGUGGAGGGUGUUAUCGCCGAUGUGGGCCUCACGCUGGGCGAUCUCAUAGGCACGCUUUAUGAGUUCUUCCGGAAGCUGGGCAUCACGCAGCUGGAGUUCAAGCCGGCCUACAAUCCGUACACAGAGCCCAGCAUGGAGAUCUUCUGCUAUCACCCGGGCCUGGCCAAGUGGAUCGAGGUGGGCAAUUCGGGCGUAUUCCGGCCGGAGAUGCUGCUGCCGAUGGGCCUGCCGGAGAAUGUGAAUGUGAUUGCCUGGGGACUGUCGCUGGAGCGGCCGACGAUGAUCAAGUAUGGCAUUAACAACAUUCGGGAUCUCGUGGGGCCCAAGGUGGACCUGAAGAUGGUCGAGGAGGGACCCAUUUGCCGGCUGGAUCAUGUCUAGGAUCUGCUAUUAAAUUGCAUUUUUUUUUCCACUCAAUUGUUCCAAGAAAACAAAUAUUUAUAAAUAAAACU